AUGCCUUCUUUCUGCUUCUCGCUGUUAGCGGCGCUCGCGCUGCUCUCUUCGUUUGUCUUUGCACAGAGCCCCCUUCCGCAGCAAACUGGGCAGACUUACAACUUCUCCAACAUACGGUAUGGUCAGCCUCCCGUGGGAAACCUUCGCUUUGCCGCCCCUCUCGCACCGACGGGCAGAAAUAAGGCCGUCCAGAACGGUAGCGUGGGCAGAAUCUGUCCCCAAGCCGGCCCGGCGUGGGCUCCUGUCGCAGCGAAAUUCCUACAAUAUCUUGUAGCGGGGAAUGCAUCUGCGUUCAACCUUACCCUGGCAGAGCAACAACUACAAGCAGCGUCUCAAAAUACGUCCACAGCCCCGAUCGAUCCGAGGAUGACCGAAGAUUGUCUGUUCCUGGACGUGAUCGUGCCCAAGAAAGUCUUCGACGGUGCGAGAAGCCGAAUCAGGAGACGCCAAAGCAGCGGUGCGCCUGUUCUGGUCUGGAUCUACGGUGGCGGGUACACUGGAGGAUCAAAGGGAGGAUCCGGUAACCCCAGUGGUCUGAUUGCCUCUAGCCAGGCCGGUGGUGGCAACGGUAUCAUCUUUGUGGCCAUGAACUACCGCCUCGGAGCAUUUGGGUGGUUGGCUGGUCCUUCUUUGCAAGCUGCAGGAGGGGUUUCUAAUGCUGGCUUGUACGACCAACGACUCGCGCUCCAGUGGGUUCAGCACCACAUCCACUUGUUUGGUGGAGAUCCGAAACGGGUGACGGUGAUGGGAGAGUCUGCUGGAGGUGGGUCAAUCGUCCACCAGAUUACAGCUUAUGGUGGCCAGAAAGGCGUGCCCUUCCAGCAGGUUAUCUCCCAGUCGCCAGGUUAUCUACCGAUAUCGUCGUACUAUGUCCAGGAGAACACCACGCAAGCAUUUCUGUCCUUGUUGAACGUCAGCACCAUCGAGGAAGCGCGAAACUUGUCAUCCACAUCCCUGAUGAUCGCCAAUGCACAGCAAGUUGCAGCUUCGAGAUACGGAAGCUUCUCGUAUGGACCUGUCGUUGAUGGCAUCUUUGUUCCGGCCUUGCCCAGCAUCCUUCUGAAUGCCGGCCAAUUCGCCAAGAACGUCAAAGUCAUGGUAUCCCAUAUGCUCAGCGAAGGUCCUCUCUUCACGCCGCCCGACGUCCGCACCGAUGAUGAGCUGGAAGCUUUCAUGCGGCAGAACACUCCUCAAUUCCCCACUGAGCUCGUCAACUACGUUGUGCAGACGCUGUAUCCGGCACGAUACGAUGGAAGCCAACCAUAUACUUCUCCGAUUGAGCGAACCAUCUUGUUCGUAACCGAGGCAUCUUUUGUCUGCAACAACUAUUUCCUCAACAAGGCCUAUGGCAAUCAGACUUACUCGUACCAGUUCGCUGUUCCACCAGGAUUUCAUGGCUUCGAUAUUCCCUAUACCUUCUACAAUGGACAGCCGACGAACGUGACAGCUGGUAUGGUUGCACCUGUUGGCGUAGCGCUUCAGACCUACCUUACCAACUUCGUCAUGACGGGCAACCCGAACGGACGAGGUAUGCCACCGUUCCCUAUGCAAGGGAAGAACGCCAGCAUGAACUCGAUUGGUACUACGAUUCAGCGCGUCAAAGAUGAUACCUCCAACGAGAGGUGCGCAUGGUGGCAGAAGACACUCUUCGCAUAG